AUGGGUGAGGUUUGUUUUAUUAAAUUGAAUCUAUAUAAUUUUUGCAGUUUUUCAAGGAGGAUAGAAAUGUACGCUGUUGCGCAAAGAGCCGUAGCACAAAAAAAGAGUAUGAUGCCCACUAAAGUUUAUCAAAAUAUUGUGGCGACUGUUGAAAAGUGCGAGCUUUCUUAUGAUAUGAUGGUGUAGAGAUUUUAAGUGUGGACGGCCAUCUUGUGAAAGCCGAAAUGGCGGUGGGCCUCAUGUAACGGUAUCAACUGACCAAAACAUUGAAAAAGCGCUUUUCAGACGGAAAUUGUUUACAUAGGAAUCAGUGCAGCAAAUGCUUUUAAUGAUUUAAUGAACUAUUAA